AGCCCGCAGGAUGCUUCGUGGAGGCUGUAAGGCGCCAGACAGGCGAAGACAUUUGAACGACCAUCUCAGCUGGCAGCAGGACCAGGCGCUGAGCAGCAACAUCUAUCUGCUGCGAGAGAUGGGUCCCACCGGCUUCUUGCUGAGAGAGGAGGAGCCUGAAAACAGGGAUUUCCGAGUUUUUUUAGGAAAUCCUCAUCUUUGUAACUGUCCCACAUUUCUCAAAGGAGAAGAACUUUGUAAACAUAUAUGCUGGAUCUUACUGAAAAAGUUCAAGCUUUCAAGGAAUCAUGAAUAUGCUUUGCAGUUAGGCCUUGUGGAACGGGAAAUCAAUGACUUGCUUCUAGGAAUACAUCAAGUUCAAACUCCCAAACAAGGAAGGAUAGACCAGAAUGUGCACAUGGAAGAAGAUGGGUGCAUUCAGCAGAAGGAAAUUGAUGCAGAUGAUAUCUGUACCAUUUGCCAAGAACUGCUCUUAGAGAAAAAGCUUCCUGUCACUUUUUGCAGGUUUGGAUGUGGCAACAGCAUUCAUAUAAAAUGCAUGAAGAUACUAGCUAAUUAUCAGGAUAUGAUAUCAAAUACUUCCAUGUUGAAAUGCCCUCUGUGCAGAAAAGAUUUUGCACCAUUAAAUCUUGUUUUAGAGGAAUUCAAAAAUUCUAACAAACUUGUAGUGACAGCUGAGAAAGAAAGACUGGACAAACACCUUGGAAUCCCUUGCAAUAACUGCAAACAGUUUCCAAUUGAGGGCAAAUGUUACAAGUGCACCGAAUGUGUAGAAUAUCACUUAUGUCAGGAAUGUUUGGAUAGUUGCUGCCAUCCUUCUCACCCAUUUAAAUUUCGAGAGAAGAGAAAUCAACAGUGGAAAUCACUAGAAAAAAAAUCAAAUAAAAUCAUAAGAUAUAUAAAUAAUAAAAAUGAAACAGAAGACAAGACACUUCAUUCUCCUGAAGUACAAGGCCAGGUAUACACACCAAGAUAUGUGGUGAAGUCGCUGCCUUUCUUGCUCAUCACAAAACAAAGUAAACUUCUUGCUCCGGGUUACCAGUGUCGACUUUGUCUGAAGGCAUUUCGUGUUGGCCAACAUACACGAUCCUUACCAUGUACUCACAAGUUUCAUAGGAAAUGUAUCGACAAAUGGCUACUCUCUAAGAGCAACUCAUGCCCAAUUGAUGGACAAGUGAUAUAUAACCCUUUAAUCUGGCAAGAGCCAGCAGUACGUGAACAUGCACGUCUGCCUGUUUCAAACACAGACAAAAGUACUAUGGCCAAACCAGAAGAAGCUGAACUUUUCAUUCCUGGUACUGGAUUAACCUUAAAAGAAAACAGACUCGGAGCUUUACCCAGCCUGCCUCCGUGCACUUCCAAAAUGCUGAGUAGACCUGAAGCCCCGCCAGACGCCGCUCAGAAUAUGAAGACAGAUGAUCUCAACUCUGCCAAGCUAGAUGAUGUACAUUCAAGGAAAUCAUUCUACGAAUAUAAAAUUAUCCAACAUUUCCCGAGGUAUCUUCAAGAUUUACCUACUAGAACUUUAGGCAAACUAUCACCUCAAACACUUUUUCCUUUUCUUGCCCAAAAGAAUGUUCAAAGUCCCACUGGAAUGAAAAGCCUACUUAUCAGUGAAAAAACUCCCAGGAGUCAAAAUCAGAUGAGAAAAGGCGACGUCCAUAGCAAUCUGAAGAAGAGUUUCAGCUCCAAAGUAAGAGAAGACAAUAGAAAAUUAAAUACAUUACCCACAGGAGAUUUAAACCUUUAUAUCAAAGGGACGACUACCGAACUUAAUUUCUGUAACAGUCGUCAUGAUUACAUAAGGAAAAUUCAACACAAAAGUGAUCAUCUACCGAGAAGGUCUAUACGCCGCCCUUUAAAUACAAAUAGUACUGAACUCUCUUUAAUGUUGAAAGGAGUUCAGUUAUGAAAGAAUAUUUUAUUAACAUCAGAAUAUAUCUGAAUAUCGAAUAUAAAGUCAUUUUAUUUGUAGAAUAUAAAAGUCAGAUAUACUCUUGACAAAUAUUUAUAGAAUUAUCUGUUGUCAUUUUUGCCUGCUCAUCAAAGAGUAAGUACACUUCAACAAAAUUACUCCAUUCUUAAUAAAGACAUAAAACUUUA